GCUGCCUGGAACCAGCCCACGCGUUUCAGAUAAUAAUGAGUGAUGAAAAUAAAACGUGUUGCUGUUGCUUCGACCUCAAAACUGGGGCUUUUAUAUGCGCCUAUAUACACUUGAUUUACAUCCUAGCUUUAGGGAUAGCUACAGUGACCAUGUUGGCAUUCGAAAUGACAAAAGAUGACGGACUUAACCCAAGGAACAUCAUGAUAACUGUAUACUUAAUGUAUGGUUGGGCAAUGUUCAUGUGCUUGUUGUACUUGGCGUUUACCAUCAUUCUUAUAGUGGGCCUGCAUAAGGAUCAACCAAAAUAUGUCCUGUCGUUUAUCGCGUUUCAGUAUUUAGUCGUCAGUCGAACAAUCGUAAGGCUCAUCCGAUAUUGUUUUAAUUUCGAUUUGGCGUUAUUCAGUUAUGAACUCUUGUUUUUCAUAAUAACUUCGUACUUUUUAAUAGUAUUGAAGAAUUAUCAUGAGAAGAUGCACUUGAACUUGGCAGCAGUACCUAGGCGAGACAACAUACAGAUUUAAGAUGCUUAAGAUACAGAGCACUCUAUUAUAAGUAUGGUUUAUAAUUCCAAUGUGAUAAAUAAACUUUUUUGACCCGAA